GUAAAGGAAAUAGAAUCUGGUAGAACCUCUCCCCAACCAAACAAGGCCUUAAGAGUACCCACCUCUCUUCUUCCUUCACCAGCUGCUUCACCCAAUCUCAUGCUCUGUACUCCAUAUUCUUCUCAUUCCUAGCUCCUCUCUUUUAUAUAAUCUCUCUCAUUUCAAUCCCUCUUGUCAUCUAACAGUUUUCCAUGUUUCAUUCUCUCUCUCUCUCUCAAUUCCUCUUGUCAGCUGUUGUUGCAGCAAUUGAAAAGGAAAGUGGGGUUUUAUAAAGGAACCUUCUUCCUCUACUAUUCCAUGUCCUCACAAGUGUGGAACCAAGAUAGAAGGAUUUUUUGGUGAAAGGAGGAGAUCACAGAGAGAAGUAAGGAAAAACAAAACAAACAAAAGGGGAAGAAGAACAAUGGCAGUGAACAUGAUUUUCAUGGUUAUCAGUUUACUAGUCAUGUUGAGUUCUCCAUUUACAAAUGCACAGCCUGUUGUAUCUCAGGCAUCCAGCCCAACUCCGGCACCGGUACCAGCACCAGCACCAGCACCAGCACCAGCACCGGAUUACGUCAACCUCGCCUAUCUAUUGUCUGUAGCUGGACCAUUCCACACCUUCCUCAACUUACUUCAAUCAACAAAAGUGAUCAAAACAUUCCAAGACCAAGCCAACAAUACUGAACAGGGUAUAACCAUUUUUGUUCCUACAGACAGUGCCUUCUCAUCUCUUAAAAAGCCUUCCCUCUCAAAUCUCACUCAAGAUGAGAAAAAGUCACUUGUCCUCUUCCAUGGCUUGUCCCAAUUUUACACUCUAUCUGAUUUCAAUAGCCUGAGCCAAUCAAGCCCUGUAACAACAAUGGCAGGUGGGGAGUACACUUUGAAUUUCACAGAUGCCUCAGGAACUGUUCACCUUAGCUCAGGAUGGACCAACACCAAGGUGAGCAGCAGUGUACAUUCUACAACCCCUGUUUCAUUGUUUCAGGUUGAUAGGGUCCUCCUUCCUGAAGCAAUCUUUGGUCAAGCUCCUCCUCCAGCCCCAGCUCCGGCACCAUCUCCUGAGAUUGCUCCAACUGCUGAUACUCCUCCAAGCCGAAGCUCCCAGGGGAUUUCUCCACCUUCACCUGCCUCUUCUUCUCACAGGAUCAUCACCUGGGGUGCCUUGCUUUACUUGGCUUUGGGAAUUUCAGGUGGAUUGAUCUUAUUCUUUUAAAAGAGGAGGUGCUUAAUUAUGUGGACUACUUGAGUGUCUUAAUUUAUAUUGAGAGGAGAGAGAGAGAGUUUAGUCAUCUUUGAUCUUUCGUUCCACUUCUUUCAGUUGAGUCAUUUUUUGUGAACAUAAUAAUGUGUUAUAUUGAAAUUAAGUUGGAGUAUAUGGUUCCUUUCUUUUGUCACAUAUGUAAUUCUUCUGUUCAAAAUCCAAGCUUGGACUAUUAGAUUCUGUCUGAAUCAAGAACUGGGUCAGGUCUAGAUUGUGCAAUUUGAACAAUGUAAGAUGGCUUGUUCCUCUUUUUGGACUAUGAAAUUGUUUUAAACAGGAACUUAAUUGUAUUGGGUUCAUGUUUUUUUGCUUGUCAAA